CCCUUGUCUACACCCCUAUGUAGAUGUAGUAUGUAGAUGCUCUAAGACAAUGAGGAGGGAGGCCAAUUUCUGUGGAGCUGCCCGACAAGCUUAAGUGCGGAUUCAGCGACAGACGUGGAUAUUAUAAUCACAUUUCUGAUGCUCGUGGAAUUGAAACGCCUUUUACUUUAUCAAUUAAAAAAAAGUAGCAAAGGAUGAAUAGAUCGAUGGGAAUGGAAUUGGUACAAUGCAGCGUCUCCCUGUUCUCUAUUUCCCUCACUGCUUAAGCUUCGGAGCCGAUUGGGUCUGUUUUUGUGCUGUUCAGCUCACUGAGUCAACCAUCUCUCUUUCUAGUUUUUUUUAUUGUCUCUUUCUAGUUGAAAAGCUAAUUAACUGAAACCAAAGAAAUACAGUAAAAGAAAUAGAGAGAUCUUUAUACUUUCUAUUUAAACUAGUUCUAUUGUCGCUCUCAGUCUACUUCUGCUUCGAGCUUUCAACGGAACGACAAGAUCCUCAAGUGUUUCCCUCAGGAUAUAAGACCCUUUCUGGAGUUGGGUCCAUCCUGUCUACUUAAUGAUCUUUCAGCCUGUUUCUACUUUAUGGGUUGAAGUAAAAGUGAGAAUUGUAUGAUCUGUAUUCUGUAAUUGAAAAAUAAAUAAAAAAUGGGGUGUGCUGUUUCGAGGAUGGAUCAAGAAGAGAGGGUUCGCCUGUGUAAGGAGCGAAAGAGGUUGAUGAAAGAAUUGGUUGGGUAUAGAGAGGAAUUUGCGAACUCCCAAUUAUCAUAUUUGAAGGCAUUAAAGAACACUGGGGUGACUCUUAGACAGUUUACUGAGUCGGACACAUUGGAACUUGAAACCAUCUCCUGCGAAGACCACAUUGACUCUUCUCUGUUGCCUCCGCCGCCACCCCCACCCCCACCUUUUAGCCCUGAUUCAAGAAAGGCCGGUGACAAUUGGGAAGAGAGCGAAGAGAUGGAGAGCAGCCAAUCUGGAGAUAUAUUUGAUGAUAGCUCAUCAAUGAUGAGCUGGUUUAAUAAAGACUCUUCUGUAGACGUGGCCGUGGAAGCUUUGAAACUCAGAAAGACACUUGAGGGUAUUAUGAGGGAUUUAGAUGACUAUUUCUUGAAAGCAUCAGCCGGUGCAACAGAAAUAGCAGUUUUUACUGACAUAAACAUUGGAGACAAUGCCGUUCCUUGGAAAAUUAAGGAGAAUAAGGGGAAGAGGAGCAGGUCUUCUAAGGCCCUUCCAGUUGGUAGAGAUUCUGUUCUGUGUGGAUCUAAUGAGCCAUGCAAGCCUGGCGCUCAUCGCGUGACCCUUGAUAAGCUUUAUGUUGCAGAACAAAAUCUUUUCAAGGAUUUGGAGCUUGAAAGGAAACUGGCGGGGCUGCAGAAUCAAGAUGAAAACAGUUUAGAGACUUACAAUGGGCUGCAAGAAUCAAUAAGCACAAUCUCUUCAUCUAUUUUGGAGCUUAUUGAUGAAGAGCUGUACCCCCAAUUGAUUGCAUUAACUUCAGGGCUAAUGGAGAUAUGGAAAAUGAUGUACAAAUGUCACGAAGUCCAGAGCCAUAUUUCGAAUCAGCUAAAUCAUCUCACUGAAAGUUUAAGCUUCGACAGAAUAGCUGAAUCCCAUCAUCAGGCUACUGCUCAGCUUCAAACUGAGGUUUCUUUUUGGUCACUAAGCUUCUCCAAGCUUGUAGUAUCUCAGCAGGAGUAUUUGAGAACACUCUGCAGCUGGAUCCAACUCACCAAUAUCCUUGCGGACGACCAUCAACAGAGUCAUUGCUCUUCUGCUGUUCACCGCCUCUGUCAAGGAUGGCAGCUUGGCCUUGAAAAGUUACCAGAUAAGGUGGUUGCAGAGGCAAUCAAGAGUUUUAUGUUGGCUAUCCAAUCCAUAAUCCAACAGCAGGGUGAGGAGCAUAACCAGCGAAAAAAAUGUGAUAAGCUUGAGAAAAGGUUGGAGAAGGAGUUGAGCUCAUUGACUGAGAUGGAGGACAGAUUUGAGGGUUUGGCAAGUGCAAACAACUCUGCUGCUGCAAGCCCAAAGCACCCUUUAAAUUUGAAGCGUGCCAAAGUUGAAGCCUUGAAGAAGCAAGUUGACUUGGAGCAAGCCAAACACCUAAACUUGGUCCAAGUUUACAAGACUAUGAUUUUGAACCAUUUCAAAACUAGCCUUCCAACUGUCUUUCAAGCGUUAAUGACGUUUUCAAAAGCUUACACUAAUGUUUUUGAGGCCAUUCUCAGCCCACCCAGCUAGCUCUGAAGUCUAUCUAUUGCAAGUAUUAUGUAAACAACAGUGUUGAAUUUGCUCAAUUUCCCUGCUCGCCUUUUUGCCCAAAUUGUAGCUAAAGCAAGGGGCAACAUCCCAAAUUUUAGCUGCAUUACCUGCAUAUAGUUCUUCCAAACUAUCAUGAUACCUUUAAACAAAGUCAUUCGGUAAUUAUAUUGCCGUAGGAUCCCGACACAUAAUUGAAAUACGUACGUUAACAAUUACAAUGCCAACUUUUAACCGAGCAUUGAACUCUGUAUAUCAAAAUAAAUAGCUAAGUUUUCC